AUGGCGUCGUCUUCGUCCCACAAGUCCGCCUUUGACUUUCUCAUGUCGAAUGCUCACGCAGCAGUCUCCAAGAAGAAGACUCCGCCACAGACCUCUAAUUGUUCUCGCUCGCCGUCGAAAAAAAUGAAGGUCGAGGAAGAAUCCGUAAACCCUGAAUCGCCCAAAACCCUUGCUCCUAUCUCUAGGGUUUCCAAACUUAAGAGCAAAAUCGUAUUGCUGAAGAAGAAACCAAGUGAUUUCGAUCCGGAGGAAGUGUCCUGUUGGGAGAAAGGAGAGAGAGUUCCGUUCAUGUUUCUCUCUUUAGCUUUUGAUCUGAUCUCAGUCGAAACUGGCCGGAUUGUGAUCACUGAUAUUCUUUGUAACAUGUUGAGAACCGUUAUCGCCACUACACCUGAAGAUUUGCUUCCUACGGUUUAUCUUGCUGCGAAUGAGAUCGCUCCUGCUCAUGAAGGUGUGAAAUUAGGUAUUGGCAAAGGUUCCUCCAUUAUCAAAGCAAUCUCCGAAGCUUUUGGUAGAACUGAGGCACAGGUUGAGCAGCAGAAUAAGAAACUGGGAGACUUGGGGCUUGUAGCAAGAGGAAGCCGCUCGACGCAGACUAUGAUUUUCAUGCCUAAACCAUUGACUGUUGUUAAGGUUGCUGAUACACUUAAGAAAAUCGCAAAGGAAUCUGGAAACGGUAGUAAGGACAAGAAGAAGGAUAUAAUGAAGUCACUUCUUGUGGCAACAACAGAUUGUGAACCUCUUUACUUAACACGUUUACUUCAGGGGAAUUUGCGGUUAGGUUUCUCACGUCAGACUGUUUUAGCUGCCUUGGGACAAGCUGCUGUUUAUAAUGAACAACACUCUAAGCCACCUCCAAAUACCAAGAACCCUUUAGAUGAGGCUGCGAAGAUUGUGAAAGAAGUAUUCUCUGUGCUUCCUGUUUAUGACAUUAUUGUUGAUGCUCUUCUAACUAGUGGUGUGUGGAAUCUUCCUAAUACUUGUAAAUUCACACCGGGUGUUCCAGUUAGACCCAUGCUCGCAAAUCCAACUACAAGUAUAGGUGUGAUACUUAAUAAACUUGGGGACACUGCUUUCACAUGCGAAUACAAAUAUGAUGGUGAACGUGCGCAGAUACAUUAUAUGGAAGAUGGUACAUUGGAGAUAUUCAGUAAAAGUUCUGAAAGAUACACUGAGAAGUACCCCGACGUGGUUCUUGCGUUAUCAAGAUUAAAGAAGCCCUCUGUGACAUCUUAUAUUCUUGACUGCGAGAUUGUUGCCUUCGACAGAGAGAAAAAGAAACUUCUUCCGUUCCAGAAAUUGAGCACUCGAGCUCAUAAAAAUGUGAAUAUCAAUGAUAUCAAAGUUGGGGUAUGCAUCUUUGGUUUUGACAUGUUAUAUCUAAAUGGCCAACUACUUAUCCAGGAGAAUCUGAAUACCCGCCGAGAGAGGCUAUACGACUCAUUUGAGGAAGAUCCUGGGAUUUUCCAGUUUGCAACUACUCUAACAUCCAGCGAUGUCGGUGAAAUACAAGAGUUUCUUGAAGCUUCUGUUAACGAUGGCUUUGGGGAUUCAUUGGAUCUUGUACCAAUUGCUGCUUCCUACGGAGAAGGGAAUCGUGCAGGUGUCUUUGGUUCAUUUUUAGUAGCGUGCUAUGACGACGUUGAGGAAGAAUUGCAAAGCAUUGCUAAUAUUGGUACUGGAUUUUCUGAAUCCAAAAAGGAAGAUAAUGGAUCUUCUGAUUUGAACCUUGAAGAGUUGUCUCUCAGUCUUCGCUCUAAAAUAAUUGCUACUCCAAAAGAGAACUACCGAGUUGAUGGUCUCAAAAAAGAACCAGAUGUUUGGUUCGAGCCGACCGAGGUGUGGGAAGUGAAAGCAGCUGACUUGACAAUCAGCUCCGUGUAUCGUGCAGCUUACGGAAUUGCGUGCCCUAAUAAGGGAAUAUCUCUACGUUUUCCACGUGUCCUCCGUGUACGGAAAGACAAGAAGCCAGAGGAAGCGACAACAUCAGUCCAGAUAGCUGAAAUGUAUCAAGCUCAGAAAAACAUUCAACUAAGCAAUGAAGCCAACAGUGACGAUUAUUAA